CUUCACAUUGAGCUCCGAAAGUGGGCCACUGUUGGAGUGGUGGCGCCCAUCGACGCCAAUACGUUGGCCAAAGUGGCGGUCGGGAUGUGUGACAAUCUGUUGACGUGUGUGUUGAGGGCCUGGGAUGCAGACAAACCGUUGCUCUUCUGUCCGGCCAUGAAUGUGAACAUGUGGUCGCAUCCAAUCACUGAACGCAAUCUGCAGGCAUUGCACUCGUUUGGCUACAAACAGGUCGGACCUAUUGCUAAACGACUGGCCUGUGGCGACACUGGUAUGGGAGCUAUGGCUGAAGUGACCGCUAUUGUCAAAGAAGUGAAAAAUAUUCUCAAUUUAUGA